ACCGCCGCUCGCAGUCCAGUCCAGUGCGGCGACAACCUGUGUUGUGAGAGGUCGUAGGAAGUGGCGCAGAGGUUACCCAUGAGAUUUUUCAGCAAUUUUCCGCUACUUAACUGAAAAAUAGUCUAGUCUACUGUUUCUCCUGCUUGGUUACAUAGGCGAAAAGUGUUGUGACGGUGUGAUAUUGAUCGAAGAAGAGCUCCAACCACUGAAAUGCCGUGUUCCGCCAUUACUCUGUCAUUAGCCACGAUAUGCGCUGUGGUGUCAGUUGCCCUUCUGGCCAUCGCCUUCGGCACCGACAACUGGCAAUACAUAAAAGUCAACAGAGUUGAAAUCGAGAAGCAACUCGUGGGCUCUAGUAUUACGCCCGACAAUUUCUUGAAUGUCGGCCUCUACUACACUCGCACUAAGGGCCUCUUCCGAGUGUGCUACCCCGAGGAAUUACCCAAUGGAGAGCGACUGUACCUGUCGCCCGUGGAGACGCAGUGCCAGAACAUCGACUACCACAUCUUCGACGAGGACAGCGACGUCACGAGCUUCAGCGACGACGAGAUGGCAAGACUACACAUGGCGAGGUCGAUGAUCGCACUGUUCAUCGUAUCGUUCUUCUUCGUGUUUGUGGCGUUCUUCACGGGCGUGGCGGGCUGCUGGCGCCGCUCCCCUGGCAACGUCGCAUCCACCGCCAUCCUCAUGCUCCUGUCCUGCCUGUUCGCGGCGGGGGGCAUGGGGCUGUGGCACGGCGUCGAGUACUACGAGGAGGAGCGCAUCAGGACGGCGCCCUUCCGAGGCUCCUGGGACGAUAUGCUGGAGAAUUCUACGCAUAUUUGGUACGACUGGUCGUACAUGCUGGCGUGGGUGGGCUCAGGCAUGGCAUUGCUGUCAUUCUGCCUCUUCCUAGGAGCGUCCCAGUGCAUGCAGUCUGAGUACCGCAAGGAACAGAGCAAACAGAUGCAGUACAUGAUGCCAGUGUACCCGCAGAAGCAGCAGUACCCCACCUACGGGUACGGGUACCCCCCACCGGCCGCGUACCAGUACGCCACGUCCCCCCAGUACGGUCACUACAACUACUGAUGGCCGUACCACGCAGGGCAUUGCUGUGCCGACUACUGACCGCUACAGCAGUCAUGGUAGUGGCAACUACUGACCGCUGCAGCAGUCAUGGUAGUGGCAACUACUGACCGCAGCACCACUCAUGGCAGCAUGGUAGUCUCUGCUGCAGCUCAAGGCUCUCAUUGUUUCAAUAUCAAUUUCUCACCAUUUGCUGUAUUGAAUAAUUGUUUUUGUCGUUUGGUACGUUUUAAAUAUGAAAUGUUUACUGAUGGGAUAGUUGAAUUCAUAAAGUUUUAUCUAACUAACAGACCAAAGGGCGCUAACUAAAAACAUUUUUGAAGUAGAGUGUAGAGGAUGGUCGGGUGCCGCCUUCUGGUGUAUCCCUUACAAAGCUCCUCCAUAUCCCGAUCAGUUGUGUCUCUCAGCAUCACAAACUCUUUUAAUGAACAUUUUUAAUAACCGAAUAUGUGAUAAGGCUUCCAUGUGCGUUCCUGCCUUCAUCACUACUAAAAUAUACUGGCUCUCUUCAUUUCCAUCAAUAGGAUUGUAACUACAAAAAUCAGUCCAUGCUUCUUAGCUGUAAUUAAAACAAUUUCAGUUAAAGCUGUAACGGGUGAGCUGCGUGCUCGAGAAGCGUCAAGUAAUGGGCGGAGAUAAGGACCCGUUGAGACCAAAGUGAGUCAUAACAUUGCAAGUUUUAAUGCAAUUCUUCUUGCCGCACUGGAUGGCAUCAAAAAGGCUGAAUCCGCCGGCCCCGUAUGCGUGUUUAUAAUUUAUUCUUGGGUACUUAAUAAUAAUGACGUAAACAAUCACGUUCAGGGUUUCAACUCACGUAACUCAACUUUAACGUAACUCAACUCAACUUUAAAUAAAUAAUUGAUGUAAACUUUCGGACGUGGGACGCGUCUUGUGUCCCUCAAGAGUUUGCGACAGAGGAGCUGCUCAACAUGCGCCAGGUUCUGUACAAAGUACACAUUGUAUUUAGUGCAACGUUACUGUCUCUUAGAGGCGCUCACGAUAAAUUUCCCCACUACUUCCCAUCACGGUUCAUCUUUACAUGUUACAUAAAUUACUGCGCUGUAUUUCCUCUGAAUACAUUCCAUUUCCGACCUGCCGCGUGUAUAGUCUAAGCUUUCACUAGCGUUACAUUCCUCACAGAACGUCAUCCCCCUCAGUGGCCGCAGACACCAACUUUUUUAUUAUGUCUACACUAUCAUUUAGGUUAAGAUAUAGUGAAUUACUAAGUUUUCUAUAGUUUCUUAUCGUCCUAUGGUUGUUUCGUCUCUCCUGUAGUGAACUAUCUAGGCGGCGACAGACGGUAUCCCUUCCACUCAAAGUUAGUCACGCCUAACUUGUAAAAAUUAAUUGAGACGCGCUGCUAAACGCACAAAAAUGUGUACGUUCCCUAGAAAACAUUUCCUAUGCUUGUGGCUCUUUCACUCAGCAAGAUGAUUUUCAGAGCACCUUCUCUUUCUGUUGCGUGGAGAUUUCCGUUAGAAGCAGUUCGUAAUCGGUGCGAUUUAAUCGAUGUACACAAAUCCUCAUUUCUGUUGCCGUUGUAGAUCAUCGGUGUCAAUGUGCCGAGCAAUCAACGCGGCUGUGCUGUACGGCAGGCCCUCUCAGGACAUGCUUCUGAUCGAUAAACUCAUCUCUGACUUGUAAUAGAAUUCUGUGAAUAAUUUAUUCAAUUCUUCGCGUAAUAAUGUCUUCGUUCAAUUGUUUGUGUAAGCCUUUCAAUUCAACGAUGAUUGUAUGAAUGCUUUGGAAGCGAAAUGUUAGCCUUCUUCAAAUUUUCUUGUUUAUCAUAAAUACAAAUGUUUUUUAAA